AUGAGUGCAAGCAAACCAAGAUCUGCAGCGGCAGGAGGAGAUGGGCCGGAAGGUAAAAAGAAAGAAGAUAAACAUGACAAAGAAAAAGCACCUGAUAAAGAAAAAGAUAAAGAUGUGAAGGAAAAAGAAAAUAAAGAUGUGAAGGAAAAGGAUAAAGAAAAAGAACAUAAAGAUGUGAAGGAGAAAGAUAAAGACAAAGAAAAAGUAGUGAAGGAAAAAGAUAAAGAAAAAGACAUGAAGGAAAAAGGAGCCAAAUCUACGAAUCUUGAGGACCAUUCGAAAAUGGAGUCAGAUCAACGAGAUAAAGAUGCUAAAAAUAAAAUUGAAAUACAGUCAAGCUUAAAUAUGGAAAAUGAAGGUUCCCCUGAGCAAAUGUCUGACGUGGAGCUGAUCAAGACUGCUUCGCAGAUUGCUAGGGAGGAAGCCGAGUACAGGGCUAUGCUUAGAAGACAACGCUUUAAGCGUCGUUGGCCUGAGAUCACGAAGGUUAAGAUAAGGACGAAACCCUGGCAUCCACCUCCACCGCCUCAGAGACCUCCUCCAAUUGUAGUAGAUCGCCCUAGUUUCGCUACUCGUCCUUGGGUACCGCCUUAUGCGAAGAAAAAACUGUCCAGACCGAAGUUGCCAAGAAUACCUCCAGAGCAAGUGAAUCAACCUUUACCUCUAAUGCCUUCGAAAUUGAAAAAGAUCUGGCACAACUUCAGUCAGGUGGACAAGAAUAAGAUGAUUCUGCAAGGGCAUAUUGCAUGCAACUCUAAGAAGUACUCCUCGACUCAUUGUGGUGCUCAAACGGGAUGCAUAGCAGUGGCCUGUCGCGCCCUCCUGGAUGAGAAGACUCCAGCAGAGUUUGUGAGGAACGACGUAGACGAAAUGAUUGCCACUGGAGACAGAUAUUAUAAGCAGUGCAUGAUCGCACUCAAGUGUUACAAAGUGUGGGAGAGCCAUGCUACGGCACGAAUGGGUCGGCUCGGCCGGAGUGAUACCACGGCCUCACAGAAGACCGGCGUGAAACAACCAAAGCGUUGUGUUUCGCCGUGUAAACCAGCCCUCCAGUUGAACCAGCUCCUGACGUCAUUUUAUUACAACGACACCAAGUAUACAGUCAAAUUGUUAGAAACGGACAAGGGUCUUUUGGCGAAACACCCUGAUAACAUUCAAGCUGAUGAAGACUUUAUGGCGUUGAUGGAGAAGAGAAUAGGAACCCAGUACACAUUGAUCCUGUCCAUCGGUGGAGAUCGUCACUUCUUGAUUUGGGGACAUCCACCAGAUCCUGAUGGCAACAGCCAAGCUCAGACUAUCUGCUAUAUCUUCGAUCCUCAUAUGCUGAAUGAAUUGGGCCAAGUGGAUAAGCUGUCUGGAGCCGGAGCCUUCCUUCGUUACGCAGGCAUAACAUCCUUCGUUCUAGACUUUUUAUCUAACUAUGGGGAUUUGGAUGCGGCCAAACAGGGAAACCCCAAGCCGCCCAUCACGCUCACCAGUGUUGAGGUGGUCCAAAAAGAGCCGUUGAUCCGCGAGCCAACCUAUGACCUUGAUCUGAAGGCUCUGAAGGUCCACUGUAGAAGUGAAUGGGACAGUCUGAACAUCAACGCUCUGAUUGAGAAGAAGAAAAAAGAGGGUCAGUAUCCACUCGGAUCGCUGAGUGCAGUCAGCCUGGCCACCUCUAGGGCGACAUCGCGCAAGAAAGUCAGGGACUUCUACCAGAAAAUGCCCAAAGAACCGCCUCCUGUGUUACCUGUGAGUCCAGAUAAAGUCCCAGUAAACCCCACCAACGAGCAGAUUAUGGCUCUCCGAGGUGAAAACUUCUUCCUCUACUCGCCAAGGCUGGAUGGACAUACCUUCGGAAGAGACGAUCUAAUACCCCUACCGAAGUCGGAGAUAAUUCUCCACAGUCCAGUGGAAAUUGCUGAUCAGAACUACCACUCCCAGUAUGUUCAGCUCGAUGUGGAGAAGUGGAUCCUAAGAGGAACCAGGCAUAUGGCCAGUCAUAGGUACCAAAUAUUCAAGACCUACACUGCUAUACCAUGCUGUGUAGCUGCUUUGGGCAUGUUGAGACGGUACCGUGCCAGGGCUUGGAACGAGGAUAUGUUUGAUGAAACGCUCGAUAUUGGAUACAACUUGUUCAGGCUUUAUAGGGAUAUUGUGGAGGAGGAGAUUUUUUAUGAUAGGUCAGCAAACGAGCAUACGGAUUACCUGAUGGUGCGAGGAAUAGCAGUUUGGGGAAAGUUGAUAUCCAACAAUCCAAAAGUGUUUGACCUCUGCCGAGGACUCGAACAUUUCUUCAAAGAAUCUGACUCGGGAAUUCUACAAGUCCCAGGAGAAUAUGAGGUAGCUGUCUGGUACGAGGGUGGCAAGUAUUAUUUGUACCAUCCCUGGCCAGCUGAUAGAUAUGGCAACAGGGUUGGACUUCAAGACGGAGGCAAGGGAUGCGUGAUGUACUUCCCGAAGGUGUCUCGCCUCUGCGAGUACUUCAUGGACAACGUUUCCAACAUGAAGAGGAAACCUUUCAGCAUCAGCGAUGUCGCCGUCACACAGCUGAGCAUUGAUAUGCCCGAACCUGUCAAUAAAAUGAAGCCCGUAGCACCAGGCCGUUGGAUUAUUCGGGGCAGUUUCCACGAAGCAGACGCUCGCUUCCCUGAGGAACACCGCGGAAGGCAGGCCACUCCUGUAUCGAUAGCUGCCCUAGCAAUGACGCAGGUUGUCGACCCGGCUGACUGGACCUCCGAGGAAGUUGAUGAGACCCUCGUUCGUGGAGAUAUCUUGUAUCAAAGCACGAUGGAACAUCUUGAGAGGAUGGGCAUCAGCUUGGAUUCGCCGAAGACCUUUGAGGAAGGUGGCUCUGAGGAAGACGAGAUUCGGUUACCAGGAGAAUCCUCCCCAAAUGCUGGUACCUUGGCUGCAGCUGAUGUGCUUAACAGAUUCAAAGUAUCAGAAUACGACUGUAUAGAGACUGAAGUUAUGGAUAGCACUUAUAAUGGUACUCUAAACCCUGAAGUUAACCUUGGUGCACCAACACUGAAGAAUGUUUUGAAGCAGUUCUUCAAGGAACAUACUCAUGGAGUUUUCACAGCUCGUGGAGGUUCCACAGCCAUUUGGAAGCACGAUGGACAUUUCUACUUCUUCGAUCCUCAUGGGUGUGAUGAGAAUGGUCUGCCAUCAGACGAGCCUCGUGCUUCAGCUUGCCUUGUCCGUAUAAAAGGCAAGGAGAGUGAUCUAGCCAAUGUUCUACUGAGCAACCUGGCGCCCGGUAGUGACGACAGCUUCAACAUAUCCCCAGUCGCCAUCACAGCUACUAAAUUGAACGCUGAAAUUGGAGCUCCGGAAACUAAACUAGAAAGUAAAGCCUUUGAAUGGAUCAAUAAAGGCACGGCCGCCAUUAUGAUGGGACCUCGCGGUGAGAAUGCAGCCAUUGGUAAAGCGGCCGAGAAAGCUGGUAUCAAUGUACCACUACGAUUUUCACAAUCUUAUCUGUGA